GAACACAAUACAGGUAUGAUUUCACAUCAUAUCGGUAAUUAUCUACUUUAAUAUAGACACCUACAUUAUUUGAACCUUAUUUUAUGCACUUUCUUACCUACAUGUAGAAAAUGUUGGACGAAGAACUAUACUUCCAUCAUCAUUUGUUGGGAGUCCGCGAGAUAUGCAUCAACGAUACCAAGAUGCAAUGGCUUUGGUGCACAAAUUUGGCAAGCCAGACAUAUUCCUUACUAUGACGUGCAAUCCGUCGUGGUCAGAAAUAGUAGCAGAAUUACUACCUGGCCAACAACCUCAUGAUCGUCCAGACUUGCUAACAAGGGUAUUUCAUGCCAGACUCGAGGAGUUAAAAAAGGAUGUGUUAGAAAGGAAUGUUCUCGGGAAGGUAGUUGCUUAUGUAUAUGUGAUUGAAUUCCAAAAACGAGGGCUUCCACAUGUUCAUAUGUUACUAAUUCUUGACCAAAGUGACAAGCUUGCCACUCCUGAUGAUUACGAUAAAAUAGUGAGAGCAGAAAUUCCUGACCAACAACAAGAACCAGAGCUCCAUAAAAGGAUUCUUAAACACAUGAUUCACAACCCAUGUGGUGUCCAGAAUCCACGUUCACCAUGCAUGAAACAAGGGAGUUGUAAGAAGGGAUUUCCUAAGUCAUUCUCUAAUUGUACAAAGCAAGGAAAUGACUCAUAUCCCAUCUACCGUCGGCGUCAAGAUGCUCCACCUGUACCGUUACAGAUAUGCAGCAGCAUUAAGUGUGUCAAAUAUUUAUACAAAUACAUCCAUAAGGGUUCUGAUAGAGUUUCCAUGGAAGUUCAUAAAGGGGAUGAGAUUGCACAGUUCGUUGAUGCAAGAUGGAUUUGUGCACCUGAAGCUAUGUGGAAAUUUUACAAAUUUCCAAUGACUCGGAUGAACCCGUCUGCAAGUUCACUUGCCAAACAUGCACCAAGUUAG